UCAAAUGCCUUCUCCAAAUGUACCAUUUGCACACUUCUGGAGAAGCAGAUGCAGAACACCAUGAUUCCUGAGAAAAGAGGAGUAAUAAGGCAAAAAAAGAAAAUUACACAACGAAAAACAAAUGAAGGAAAGAGUAUACUAUCAUUCCAAACGUGAACAGAGUCGAGUUGACCCGAAAAAGUUUCUGUCCAUGAAAGUUGAUGGAAUGGACCAGUCCAAAACUAAUUUACCGCAUUUCAAAGGCCGCCUACCAAAGAGCAUAAAUGCAGCUGAUCUUUUGAAAACGCACAUAACUGGAGUGAUAAGCCAUGGCCAUGGAGGUUUUCAUACAUUUACAGACUUUAGCCAAUACCCACAUGACCCUAAUUUGACCAUUAAUGUGAUCUUGAUGAUGCUGGGUAGGACUGCACAACAAAAUGAUGGUGUUCUCCCCCCAGUUCUAUACAUACAAGCAGAUAAUUGUGCGAGGGAGAACAAGAAUCGAUAUGUACUUGCCUUUCUUCAGUUGCUUGUAGAAAAGAAAAUAUUUAACGAGGUGCAUUUGUCAUGUUUACCUGUGGGACACACUCAUGAAGAUAUAGAUGCACGAUUUUCACUAAUAGCAAGGCGGCUAUACCAAAAUGAUGUAGAGACAUUUGAAGAUUUUCUAAGAAUAUUAGACCUGCCUAAAGUUAUUCAUACAAUUUAUGACGUUAAGUCCUGGCUAAUGCCUUGCUUGCCAGAUUACAUUAGUGGCACUUCAGAACCAUUACAUUACAAAUUCGAAAGAAUUGACAAUGUCGUUACCUGUUUUUAUAAGGGGAAUAAAGAUUCUGAAUGGAAAGCAACAGAGCUUGGAUUUUUAGUGGAAAUGCCAAGAUCAAAGCCAAAAAUUAUCAAACCUGAUUUUAACAAGAUUGAAGAAGAAAAGCUUUUUAAACUGAUAGAAAACAAUAAAUCAUUAUUUAAGACAACAAACAUUUUAGAACAUUGGAAAACAUUUAUCAAAGAAUUAAAACGUAAACAAAUAAACGAAAAAUGGAUCCUCCCAGACCUCCCUACACAAACAGACCGAAUGCCACUUCCAGAAGAACCCUUACCAGAUGACCUUGUGCACUUGUUGGAGAAAGAAAACAGAGAGCCACAGGUAAACAUUCGACUUAAGAAAACAAGAAAACGAAAGAAUAUAAACCGUCAGAGGCCAAGGAACAGACAGCAAAAUUCUAAAACUAAAAAAUCUCAUUUUUAAGUGUUUACAGUAACAAGAACAGAUAUAAUUCCUAUAGACAAAGAAACCAAAAGACACAUCUGGUUGAUUAUUUUCAUAGAUCUUUACUUUUAUUUGUGUUCUCGCUUAAUGGCUUUUUGUCUGUAUUUUGUUCAGUUACUAACUAUGUUUUCAAAUCUUUUGUAUAACUUGUUGCUAUUUCUCAGUCUGCUUUGGUUUGAAAUUAUCACCACACAUAUUGGUAACUUAGCAUUUGUCAACUACAGUUGCUGUUUAGAUUUUAGUUCAGCUGACAUGGUGGUUGAUUGCUGUCAUGUGUAAUCAAUUUUUGACCACUAUUGAUGUUGUUGUUUUUAGCUCGACUAUUCGAGGAAUAAGUAGAGCUAUCCUACUCACCACGGCGUCGGAGUCACACCUUGGUUAAGUUUUUCGUACCAGUCCACUUUUUGACAAAGUCUUUUGAGAUAAAGCUUCGAAACUUUCAACACUUGUUUACCAUCACCAUGGCCAGUUGUAGGCAAGAGCACAGAACUCUAUCAAGGAUUUUGGCUGAAUUAUGGCCCCUAUUGACUUAGAAAUCAUGGUUAAGUUUUUUGUACCAGUUCAUAUUUUGGCAAAGUCUUUUGAGAUAAAGCUUUGAAACUUUCAACACUUGUUUAGCAUCACUAUGUCUAGUUAUAGGCAAGAGUACAUAACUCCAUCAAGGAUUUU